GAGGGGUUGUUUUUAUGUAGUUGCAGCUAUAAACCAAAAGACAUUAAAUUUUUAUGUUGCAUAACAUGCAAUAUUUUUAAAGACAUAUUAUUAUUAACUUGCAAAGGAACUUCUGCAACUCCAAUGAAUCCCUUCCAUUGUUGAUCAAACAAAGCCAAGAUCUGAUAUUAGGGAAAUGGAGAUAGAGAAGGGGAUUAAGGGCAAUAUGGAAAUGGUAGAAAAAGAAGUUGAGCUAGAACACAGCAAGAAGAAGAAACACUAUCGACAAGGAGGAGUCCGAACGUUACCUUUCAUUCUUGCAAAUGAAGUGUGUGAUAGAUUUGCAAGCGCUGGUUAUCACAGUAACUUGAUAAGUUACCUAACUCAAGAAUUGAACAUGCCAUUGGUAUCAGCCUCAAACACACUCACAAAUUUUGGUGGAACAUCUAGCUUCACCCCUCUCAUUGGAGCUUUAUUUGCAGACUCUUUUGCUGGACGAUUUUGGACCAUUACCGUUGGAUGUCUCAUAUAUGAACUGGGGUUGGUUAGUAUUACUGUAUCAACUAUAUUACCAUAUUUUCGGCCACCAGCAUGUCCAACACAAGUGAAUUGCCAAGAAGCUACAUCCUCACAAUUAUCAGCACUAUACAUAUCUCUCCUCCUCACAUCUCUUGGAUCAGGUGGCAUUAGACCUUGUGUUGUUCCUUUUUCAGCUGACCAAUUUAACAUGACAAGAAGUGGUGUGGCAUCAAGGACGUGGAACCUCUUUAAUUGGUACUUUUUCAUAAUGGGCUUUGCUUCUCUAUCUGCUUUGACCAUUGUAGUUUAUGUUCAAGAUAAUAUAGGUUGGGGUUGGGGCCUUGGCAUUCCAACCAUUGCCAUGUUCAUAUCAAUCAUUUCCUUUGUUUUGGGCUUUCCAUUGUAUAAGACUGUUAAACCAGGUGGUAGCCCAUUGAUUCGUUUAGUCCAAGUCACUGUGGCUGCUUUCAAAAAAAGGAAUCACACUUUGCCAAAUCACCCCAAACUUCUUUACCACAAUAAGGAACUUGAUGCUGCUAUUUCUUUAGAAGGAACUCUUUUACACUCAAAUCAAUAUAAAUGGUUGGACAAGGCUGCAAUUGUGACAGAGGAAGAGAUUAAAGAUCCAGAUAAAUCACCCAACCUAUGGAAAUUAUCCACUGUCCAUAGAGUUGAGGAGCUAAAAUCUAUCAUUAGAAUGCUUCCAAUUUGGGCUUCAGGAAUAUUGCUCAUAGCCUCUACAUCACAUAUACAUAGUUUUGUAAUUCAACAAGCUCGUUCAAUGGAUCGUCACCUCUCUCCCUCAUUUCAAAUUUCACCAGCCAACAUGUCAAUUUUCAGUGUUUUAACCAUGAUGACAGGAGUUAUUCUAUACGAACGUGUUUUCGUCCCAUUCGCCCGUAGAUUCACCAAGAAUCCUGUUGGAAUAACAUGUUUGCAAAGAAUGGGAGUAGGAUUGGUAAUCAACAUUGUAGCCACUAUAGUUUCAGCACUAGUGGAAAUUAAAAGAAAAAAUGUUGCUGCAAAAUAUAAUUUAUUGGAUAGUCCAAAAGCAAUAAUCCCUAUUAGUGUGUUUUGGUUGGUACCUCAAUAUUGUUUACAUGGGGUGGCUGAAGUUUUCAUGUCUGUUGGACAUUUGGAAUUUCUGUUUGAUCAAUCACCUGAAAGCAUGAGAAGUAGUGCUACUGCUUUGUAUUGCAUCACUGGAGCCAUUGGGAACUAUAUGGGUACAUUAUUGGUAUCAUUAGUCCAUAAUUAUACUAGUAAGGACAAUAAUUGGCUUCCUGAUAGAAACCUUAAUAGGGGUAAAUUGGACUAUUACUAUUUUCUUAUUAGUGGGAUUCAAGUUAUAAAUCUCAUUUAUUACAUAAUAUGUGCUUGCUUUUAUACUUACAAGCCCCUAGAUGAAAUUUGUGACAAGUAUGGGGAAGAAGAUUUAAAAGAUGGUAAGGAUCAAGAAAACAAAAAUGAAUCUAUGAUGUAAUUCAUAUUAGUUAGUUUUAGUAUUAAUAAAGAUUGUUGAACUCUCAUCAAUGUACAACUCUUCUGUAACUUGUAUCAACAUCUUUAUAUUUUAUUUACACAUGUACUUUUAUCAUCA